CUCUAAGAUACUGUUAGCAAAGUUAAGUGAGUAAAGUUCAGUCACAACAGAUCAGGAUCGGAAUAUACGCGACCCGAUCACAUGCAGAGAAAGUCUGAAUCCUGGAUCAGGCUGUAUCCUCAGAGCAUGGUCCAAUAAUUGGAAGAUACAGAGAGAGGAGAGUAGAGCGAGAGAUAUAGGGAGUAAGAAACGGAACACGACAAAAAAAAAAAGGCUUUUGGGACAAUUCGAGUUGUGUUUGCCUCACACAUCCAGGUGUCCCGCCGAGCGGUGCGCGGUCUCCAGCUCAGGCCGGGAGUGCUGACAUGCUGCCCAAAGUCGAGACUGAAUCUUUAGGACUCACUCGAUCGUAUGGAGAACAGGGGCACAUGCCCAGGAACAUGCAAGCUCCCCAGUUAAAAAUGAUGGACUACUCCUAUGACGAAGACCUGGACGAGAUGUGUCCCGUGUGUGGAGACAAAGUUUCCGGGUAUCACUAUGGACUUCUGACCUGCGAAAGCUGCAAGGGUUUCUUCAAGCGCACCGUCCAGAACAACAAGCGUUACACAUGUAUAGAGAAUCAGAGCUGCCAGAUUGACAAGACCCAGAGAAAGCGCUGUCCAUACUGUCGCUUCCAGAAGUGCCUCACUGUCGGCAUGAAGCUAGAAGCUGUGCGAGCAGAUCGUAUGCGUGGUGGUCGCAACAAGUUUGGCCCAAUGUACAAACGUGACCGUGCCCUUAAGCAACAAAAGAAGGCGCUGAUCCGAGCAAACGGCCUAAAGAUUGAGGCCAUGAGCCAGGUGAUGCAAGCUGUACCCACUGACCUCACUAUCUCCUCAGCCAUUCAGAACAUCCACUCGGCAGCAUCCAAAGGCCUUCCACUGAGCCACCACGCCGGCCACCACACCAGUCACCAUCACCACCACCACCACCAUCAUCAUGCCACAGCCCUGCCUCCUACAGACUACGACCGCAGCCCUUUUGUUACUUCUCCUGUCAGUAUGGCAAUGCCGCCACAUGCGGGAAGCCUACAGGGCUACCAGGCGGCCUACGGACACUUCCAGGGCACACGCACCAUCAAGUCUGAAUAUCCAGAUCCGUACACCAGCUCACCAGAGUCCAUCAUGGGCUACGCUUACGUUGAUGCCUACCAGUCAGGGUCGCCACCCAGCUUCCCGCACCUGAUAGUAGAGCUGCUAAAAUGUGAACCCGAUGAACCACAGGUGCAGGCAAAGAUUCUGGCCUAUCUACAGCAGGAGCAGGCCAGCCGAGGCAAACACGAGAAGCUCAACACUUUUGGGCUGAUGUGCAAGAUGGCCGACCAAACGCUCUUCUCUAUUGUGGAGUGGGCACGCAGCAGCAUUUUCUUUCGUGAACUGAAGGUGGAUGACCAGAUGAAGCUGCUGCAGAACUGCUGGAGUGAACUCCUCAUCCUCGACCACGUUUUCCGGCAGGUGGUACAUGCCAAGGAGGGAUCUAUCCUCUUGGUUACAGGACAGCAGGUUGACUAUGCAGUGAUUGCUUCACAGGCGGGUGCUACACUCAAUAAUCUGCUGAGCCACGCCCAAGAGUUGGUAGCCAAACUGCGCUCUCUGCAGCUGGACCAAAGGGAGUUUGUUUGUCUGAAGUUCUUGGUCCUAUUCAGCCUCGAUGUGAAGAACUUGGAGAACUUCCACCUGGUGGAGAGCGUCCAGGAGCAGGUCAACGCAGCACUGCUGGACUACGUCAUGUGCAACUACCCCCAGCAGACAGACAAGUUUGGCCAGCUGCUCCUUCGGCUGCCGGAGAUCCGAGCCAUCAGCCUGCAGGCCGAGGAGUAUCUUUAUUACAAACACCUGAAUGGCGAUGUGCCCUGCAACAACCUUCUCAUCGAAAUGCUGCACGCAAAAAGAGCUUAAUGACUGGACGGUCCCGAUUCACACGGCGAAUUCAAGGACAUUUGUAAAAACUCAUCAUCAUCUUUUUUUCUAUUUCCAAACCUCCAGCUUGACCACAAAGAUGGUAAAGGCGGGUAGCUUAAAGUGCAUAAACUCUUAUUUAUACUGAGCUCAUUAUGAACUUGAACAUUCAAAGAGUCAUCAUGUGCAUUCGACAAACUGCAUUAAGAUUCCUUUACUGUAAAAAUUCAAAUUAAAAAAGACUGCAAGAUGACUGUUCUCCACAACUGAACUGCAGAAAAAGACCAUUUUGAAGGGCAAACAAGAAAGAAAAACACUUGAAGUAACUUCUACGUUUGACACUAUGUGGUCAUUUCAGCUGGAGCAAGGCCAUGAGUCAGGAGAGUUACAAAAUAAAACCUUCAGAAAAUAAAAAAAGGUGGAUUCAUCCAGAGCACAGAGUUAAAUAACAUAACACUGCCCAUCUAUCAGUAAGCUUUGUAGCAACAGGGCAAUGAUCCUCUUGCUUGUUCUCUCACUGAAACUGGGCUUCCGCUGUUGUCGGUACUGAAAAGUCAAACGGACAUGCAGCCAACCAGGCAAGUGACUCUAUUUUCUAAUUUCCCACAUAAUGCCUGCAAGAGUAGCUCAAACCAACUGAGGAAGUAGGACAAAUAAAGAAGAAAAAACUAAAGGAGGAAAUGCUCUUUUGUCUUGUAUCAGAAAUCACUUGCUAUCAUGGUUCUCCUCCUCCCCUCCAUUUUAUACCACAUUAUAAGAAUCAUCUUUUGCUAUUUACCUCAAUAAGGCCAGUGUUAGAAAAGAUAAUUCAUAGCCCAAUUUUCCUCCUGCAGUUCAAACCAUUUUUUUCAUUAUUUUACCAAACCUGACACAAAACAAGUCAUUAUUGCAGAGAAGGAUACGGAUUGAUCCCACCUUCCCCUGAAAAGACCAAAGCCUGUUGUAGAAGAGGGGAAGGAAAUGACUAAGACCUUAAUAAUCAGUGUUACAGACGGAAAAGAAAAAAAAGUGUAAUAACACAGUUAUGUUGGUCCUGCCUUAUUUCAUUACCAUGCUAGCUAACCGUGCAGAUGUGAAUGAAAAUGUAUAAAUAUAUAAAUAUAUAUAUAAAGUAUUAAUGUUGUAAGAAAAUAAAAAAAAGAAUAAUUAAACAGGUGUUUACAUUCAUGUUGUCACAUGGGAGAGAUCUGUAAUGAAGCUUAAUUUGCAAAGCAAUGAUUUCCUAAGAAAAUGAAGUCAUCAAAAUGAAGAAAAGCAUUUCUCCUGUGUUUUCUCUGGUUUGUGUACAGUGUUUACUUUUUUUUUUUAUUUCUCUAUAACAGUACUUAAAUUAUGUCGUGAGACACUAAAAUCAAAGAGGAAUCACUCAGUUGAAAUUUCUUAUCAGCGAUGCUGUCUAACGAUUGUGUUUUCCUCUCAGCAUUUCAUUUGUAAAUCCCUCUUUUUGUUUUGUUUUUUUGUUUUUAUUUACAAUUUUUUUCGAUUUUUGGAUGUACAGUAUGUCACUAGUUACGCUUACUAUUGAAGAUAAUUUAUUGCAUCACUGGGUCUCCAUCUUUGUGUUACAUGACGUGAGGUGUCCACGCCAAAAUAAAUUUGUUUACUGUA